UUUAAACUUUUUGACAAUUCGUGCUUGAAACGAAUAAUAAAAUUUUUUUGAUCAAUUUUGGACAUUUAUUAAUUCCAAGUGAAUAAACGUUUUAAAUAAUCAUUAUUUAAAAAAAAUGAAAGAUACAUUUUUUCAAUUACGUUUUUAAUUAAUGCAACAGUAUUAGUGAAGUGAUUCAAAGAACCAAGAACAUAAAAAAUGUCGGAUAAAUUAAAUUUGGAUGAGGAGAUUUCAUCUCCAGAUAUGUUUUCUGACUCGGAUCCUGGAUUAAAUGUGUCUAAUGCUUUUUCUUUUAAUGAAGAAAAAGAGGAAGUAGUUUCUAACGAAUCAAAAUCUUUAAAUUCUUCACCCGAAUGGAAAGGAGUUAGUCUCGAUGAAAUUUACAAAGGUCGAGGACCAUUUGAAUUUCAAGAAUUACCCCAAAUACAUUCUUCAAUAUCACAUACUGUAUUAUUUGCAUUGCCAUUACCAGAUCAUGGACUUCCGAAACCAUAUCCAACAAAUGCUGUAGAAAAAUGGUGUACCGGUUUUGUUCGAAUGCCCCAUUCUACUCAUAGUUUGUAUCCCAUAGAGAAGGAUGGCAAAAAUAAAGAAUUACGAUGUCGAUGGGAAAUAAUUCAAGAAGCGCUUUUACAAAAUUUUACAUCCAGCUUUCAAUUGGAGGCGGCAAUUUUUUCUUACAAUCAUAAAUAUGCUCAACGAUGGAAUUUCUCAGCUUUGCAUAAUUUUUUUUCUGAGAUGGUUGACGAGGAUGAAGCAGAGGCAUUUUUUACGGGACUUUUGCCAAAAAUAAUUGAAUUAGCCUUACAAUUACCAACAAUGAUAACAGGUGGAAUACCAUUAUUAAGACGACAUACAAAUGCAUCAAUAAGCUUAAGUCAAAUGCAAAUUGCUUCCUUAUUGGCUAAUGCUUUUUUAUGCACAUUCCCGAGAAGAAAUUCCACAAAUCCACAAUCGGAAUAUGCAAAUUAUCCGCAUAUUAAUUUUAAUAAACUCUUCUCAGCGUUCAGGGAAAAUCGACACGACAAAUGUAAUUCAGUGGGAGAAAAAUUGAAAUGUAUUUUUCAUUAUUUCAGAAGAGUGACAACAAAAGCUCCCGAAGGUACUAUUACAAUACAAAGAAGAUAUAUUGCAAAAGAAGAUUGUCCCCGCUGGGAUCGACAGUCACAAAAAUUGCCUUUGUUACAUAUAGCAAGCAAUGGAACAAUUGAAUCCGAAGGAGCUGGACUUCUUCAAGUGGAUUUUGCUAACAUGUAUGUUGGUGGUGGUGUACUCGGUUGGGGUUGUGUUCAAGAAGAAAUUCGUUUUGUUAUUUGUCCUGAAUUAUUAGUGACAAUGUUGGUAACGGAAGUGUUGGACGAUACAGAAGCAUUAGUCAUAAGUGGAGUUGAGCGAUUUAGUAAAUAUGAAGGUUACAGUAAUAAUUUCAAAUGGAUUGGAGAUUUUAUUGACGAUACUCCACGCGACAUUAGCGGAAGGCGAAAAACUUCAGUUGUCGCCAUUGAUGCCCUCUUUUUUAAGCAACCAAGCAGUCAAUUUAAAAUGAGCAAUGUUAUUCGUGAACUCAACAAGGCAUAUGUUGGAUUUAAGAGUAACAUUUCUCAGAGAGAUAAUGUGCCUGCUGUAGCGACCGGAAAUUGGGGUUGUGGUGUUUUUCACGGUAAUCCACAAUUAAAAGUUUUAUUGCAAUUAAUGGCAGCGGCUUCUGCGGGUCGAAACGUUGUUUACUUUACGUUUGGCGAUGUUGAAUUAAGGGACAGCGUUUCCGAAAUGUACUGGCAUCUCGUUCAGCAAAACAUUGAUAUUGGCCAAUUGUUCUCUCUACUUUCUCAAUAUCAAGAAUCAAUGUCAAGAUCCGAUCGGGAUUUUUAUCGUUUCUUGUAUAACCGAUCUAAAAUGAAACCAAUUACUGAUUACUUUAAGAAAAUAAAUUCACUAACGAGAAAUGUAAAAACACCGGAAAAAAGAAAACGCGAAAAUAGUUCAUCAUCGUCGCCUGAACAAAAGGAGAAAAUGAAAGAUGAUGCAAUUGGAAAAUGGAUUGAAAAUGCGGAUGCAAGUUUAGAAGCAAAAUUGAAAAUAAUUAAAACCAAUUCGUUACAAGAGAAGGAAAAAAUAGAUUUAAAUAAUGGAAAUUGCAGUAAGAAUGAUGGGGUAAAAUUACAAAUAAAGAAAAUUGAAUCAACAUCGACAAAUGAUUUGGUUGAGAAACAAAUUGUUAAAAAACAAAAUUCUAACGAGACAACUGAGUCUACAAAUAAAAAAAAACUCUCUCUUUGGGAUUUGCCAAUGUAUGAAGAUUCGAAGAAAUUGAAUAAAAAUUCAAAACCAAUUUCUGAAUUACAAGAUUCAAACGAAGAGAAUAUAUUAGAAAAUAUUAAUGAUGAAUUGGAUAAUAACAUGUCUAAUGUUAAAAAUGAAGCUAACGAACAGUCAAAUAAAAAGAAAGUUGGACAAAGAAAGAUAUCGGAUUUUUUUCUUUCGAAUUUGUAAAAAAAUUUAACUACGCUUCGUAUCAGCACUUUUGUAAAUAAAUGUAUACAUUUUAAAAUGAAAUAUAAAAGUAUCGUUUUAUAAUAACAAUAA